CAUUUAAAAAAAACAUACUUUACAUCUUUUCUCAAAAAAACCUUUGAAGUUGCGUUUUGGGUUUAUUAGAUUGAAGGAACCGAAAAGUUCUCGUUACAAAUUCAUUACUUUCGUCUCAAAUAGCAAAGUUUGCGGUCACUCCUGGAAACCCUAUCUCUGUUAUUCAUGACCCUCAUCCCAAUUUUCUUCAAGUAAUUAAACUUGUGAGUUUUUGACCAAGAGCUAUUAUCGAUUUCAGUCAAGUUUUGCCAUGUUCGUGGGCACAUCGCGUGACUUGUUUGAACUGGCUUUAUGUGAGUGCUUGCGUCAAAUGAGGCUAAUUACACCACUAAGCCACCUGUUUUAAUGGUCAAUAGUGUCAGUGUCGUCUUGACAGUAUGUCUAAUAGAUUAAUUUGAUGAGGGAUUUGUUGAAACGCAUCCAAAAUUUGCGCUUGACUCAUGCAGGGUGAACGGUUGGAGCCUCUCGGUGCUUCCGAUGAUCGAAAAGACGAAAUUGUUCGAAAUAGUGGAUGUAGCAAAUGUGUUUGUUUAGAAAACGAGAAAGACUUCCUCCAGACUUCAUUAUUUACUUUAACGACGUAUUUUGCUCAAGUUCAGUUCCGGUUGCGUCAAGUCGUCGACGCACCUUUCGAAGACCAAGAAGACUUGUUAAAAUCACUGGAGGAGUUCGCGUUCACUGAUGUAAAUCUCCUGGAAAGUAAUGAUAGGGUUGGUGACAAUUUACUGGAAACGAUCAAAAAGCGGCGCGAUCAACAGAAAGUUUUAUUAGGAAGGUUGAAAUCACAGUUGAGACAUUUAAAAGAGUUUAGUGGGGCUAAAAUGACCUGGAAUGAAUUAUUGGAAAAUGUACGAAUGAAGGAAAAUUUAGAGCAACAACUUAGAACUCAGAUUGUUGAUUUGGAACGGUUUAUUCAAUAUUUGAAGAGCUUGGAUACUAAAUGUAUGUGUAAACGAAAUAGAAAAAGCUCGGGCACGUUUCUCGUCGAAGCCGUCGAUCGGAUUUUUUCGUUUUUACAAAUGUUUGCGUUACUACAAUUUACUUGGGGUUCUAAUUGCUUCACCUCAGAUCGAAUCAACCAAUGGGCGGAUCUGAGAGCAAGACUCGAACUUGCUAUAAUCGACCUGAAAAAAAUGUUACACACGAAUGAAGAUCCGCGAAAGAUUACAACAGCAGUUCGUAAAUGUUUGGCCACAAGUAUCAAAGAUUUGAUGGAACAUGGCACAAAAUCCCAAUUGCCGUUCUUGCGUUGUUUCUCUCAUGCAACACAUGGCUGGGAUAUUAUUUUGUUUUAUUACCAUUUUAAAAGAGGUGUUUCGCCUAAAAAUAGCAAGAAAAACUUACUGUGCGCCAUCGAAGAAAUAAUUUCAACACAUUCGCGGUAUAAAAGGAGUCAUGAUUCGCAUUUUCGAGCUUUCGUUUGUGCGGCUUUAAAUGCCAAAAGACUUGUACCAUGGUUAAAUCUAAUCUUCCACUGUGGACGUGUUAUUGAAACAUUUUAUUACCCAUGGAGCUACGUUGCCACAACCAGAUAUCAAGAUAGUUUGAGAAGUUUAGAAGCUCUAACCCCGCACAAAUUUGAUCUCCCGGUUGAUUUGGACGUGCGAAAAUUCCAAAUUGAAGAUAAUGUUUUUAGUUAGUUGUAAAAAUUCGACAAUAAAUAGUUAAGUUGCGCAAUU